UCGACAUCUAGUCGGUAAGGUUGGGAAUUAUUAUUGAUUUAUAAAUAUAUAAUAUAUUCUCGUUUUCCGGUUUCCGUUAAUUUUAAUUUUUAGGUUAUUCUUUCCUUUUUUUGAUCUAUUUGGAUUAAAUAAAAGGAAAUUUGUGCAUUUAAUUGAUAAGCAGUUCUCGAAGCUUCUUUCGCCAUUGAUCAUGAUCUCUAUUACACUUGGAGCAAUUCAAAAGUUAUUUUUCAAAAAACCGACAAUUGAAAUUGGAACGCGAAUAAUGUCAACAAUGGCAGCCGAUUUAAAAACUCAUGAGGUUAUUCCUGAUGUUAUUGAUAAAGUUCCCGAUUCAGUGCUUGAUGUGACAUAUUCCAAUAAUUUAAAAGUUGAAAUUGGCAAAAUUCUUACACCUACACAAGUUAAAGAUCCUCCGUCUGUUAAGUGGAAUGCUGAAGCUGGUGUAUUUUACACUCUUUGCAUGACUGAUCCUGACGCUCCAAGUCGUAAGGAGCCAAAAUUCCGCGAAUGGCAUCAUUGGCUAGUUGGAAAUAUUUCUGGAAAUGAUAUUAAAAGUGGAGAAAUUCUUUCUGAAUAUAUUGGCGCCGGUCCACCAAAAGGCACAGGUCUUCAUCGUUAUGUUUUUCUUUUGUAUAAACAAUCGGAAAAAUUGGUAUUCGAUGAAAAACAUUUAACAAAUCGAAGUGGCGAUAAUCGUGGAGGAUUUGCUAUUAGAAAAUUUGCCGCUAAAUAUAAAUUAGGUGAACCAAUAUCUGGAAAUGUAUUUCAAGCUGAAUGGGAUGAUUAUGUUCCAAUUCUUUAUAAACAACUUGAUGGAUAAACUUCCUUUUUUUUUUAUCAAUAUAAAAAUGUUCUUCCUUAUCCCAGUGUUUAUAUAUAAAUUAUAUAAGAAUUAUAUAUUUUAUAAAAUAUAUCUGUAUAUUACGAAAGUAAUUUUUCAAGAUUUUUGAAUAAAUUUUUCAUAAUCUUA